AUGGACAAUCGCAUAUCUGGGACGACUUCUCCGGAGAGGUUUGCGCCUCAUCUGUCAGAGUUCUAUCCGAUUGUUAACAAUACAAGGACGGCGAGCAUCGGUGGGUUGCCGAAGAUGGAUAGCGGGGAGUUGGGCAGUGGGAGUAGCGGGUACAAGCGGCGGAUGACGCCGGCAAGCGUGCGGUCUGGUAUGAGCUCUAUCAGCGACUUGCGGACGUUGGUGACGAAGAGGGACAUGAAAGACACGGUGGAUGCGAUGAGCGAGCUGCGGAGCAGCUCGCGGGGGUAUGCCUGCUCGUUGCGGGAGGUGUCGAACCAUGCGGGUUGCAUGGCGCAGGCUUUGGAGAAACUGGCGAGAUUGAAGGGCUGCAGCGACGGAACGGCUGAGAAGUUUCUGAGCGCCAGCGGGCUGUUCUAUCUGGUGGCGAACCACGAGAACAUCAUGGCACGAUGUCUGGACUCUGCGCUGGAUGAGGAGCUUCUCGAGGAGAUCGACGAGUUCCAGGUCGGGUUCAGGACCAUGGAGAACGAGUUCAAGAAGGAAUGCAAGGAGCAGAGCAUGAAGCUGAAACUGCAGGAGAAGCACAACACCAAGUUGGCAAAGCGGAAAGUGAGGAAUCUGGUGCAGUACAAGGAGAGUCUUCUGAACCUGCAGUUGCAGUUGGACCACCUGGAGACGCUCAGACACGAUUUUUACCAGAACUCGUACAACCUGGUGGAGUCGACAUGCGACAAAGUGCUGGAUAAGAUGGCGACGGUUUCAAGGGCGCGGGUGGAGAUCUCGGAAAGCGUUGCCAGGAAAGGAUGGUCGGGCGGCGGGCUGGACGAGCUGCUGAUCGACGCGGAGGACCCGUUUGGCAAGGACGAAGAGACGAUAUGCAGCGACGAGGACAUGUCGCCAGAGGCACCAAACAGGGCUCUGUCGAGUGACGACCGAGAUAGCAAGGGCAAUACUGUACAGGAGCCAAGCACGCCGAAGAAAGCAGGGUCGACGUCCAAGACGCUCAAGUCUCCUCUCCUGAGUUCGCUCCGAACGCAUGCAUCUUCUUUGAACGAAGAGCAAGAGGACCGAGACAGGGAAGAUGACGAAGCCGCGUUCGAUAAUUCGUUCUCCUUACCCCUGGCGGGCAGCGGACGAAGUCGAAAUGAAGCCUCGGAGGACAACGAGAGGACAAUCCUGGCAGGGUUGACGACACUAGCCUUGGAACCGACAGAAACAAGGAGCGAUCCCGACAGAGAAAAUGGUCAGGAUCAUCCCGAUCUGUCUCCAUAG